UCCACUCCCCACCCCCCACCCCCUGGUCUUGCCCUUGUGUGAUAUGUCUCCACGCAGGCUUUCUCCGAAGUGUAUAUCUGUGGCGCUUCCUUCGUUUCUCUUACAGACCCAGCCAGAGUCACCACCUCUUUCCCUGCUCGAUGCGCAAAGCUUGUGCUCGGGGUGCUGGUUUUGGUCUGGACGCCUGCUGAAUUUUGUUCUGUGGAUUUCGAUUUCGUUGUGCUGAAAGAUCUGCUUGAAGAUCAGUAGAAGGAAGCUGAUUUCGUUGUUGUGUGUGUUAAGUUGGUUUUAGAGCAGGAGAGAGGGGUUAGCUGUAGUUUACAGAAUUAGAUAUUUUUUCAAGAGCUUUCUGCCGCAGGAAUCUAUUGCAGAAAGCAAGAGAGUCACGAAGUAAUUGGAAAUUUUAGUAGUUUUAGAUCAGUUAAGAAAGGCGCUGGCCUUGAUCUAUAGGACAUUGAAUUGCUCAAUUAUUUCAUGCCAGUUUCGCCUGCUCUUCUGCACUAAACGGAUGCGUUGAAAAAAUAUAUAUGUUUCGAUUUGGUUUGCGCGCACUAAUUUUUUAGCCGAGGUUUAGCUGGGAAAUAUUGACUUUCUUUUCAUCAUCUUUUCUAAAGGUGUUGCGUUUCUGUCUUACGAAUCUUCCAGUGUGAGGCGCCAAUUCUUCUCUCUUCUACGUGUGUUCUGUUUGAGUUGUAUGCAUUGUUGAUGCUUGCAAACGCAUGACUUUCAUCUGCACUGUUUCACAAUCCGAGUUUUGAGAAUUUCGCACUGUGCCUUUUUUCUUUACGCACCAGCACUCUCGUGGGAUGUGAGUGCGCCUUUCGUCUGUGAGCAGACAACGUAAAAUCUUCUACGCUUUUGUGAAGCACAUCUACUGUCUUCUAGGAAUUGUAGCAUACAGAUUCAGAUCAUAGCGAAUCUCUAACCUCAAAGCCAACUUCAAGGCUUGAAGUCAGCAGACCAGGCAAUAUUGAGUUAGUGCUGUGAGUUAUCUUUAGGAAAUACCUUGUUACGAAAGAUCACCAUGACGGGGACCGUCGAAUUCCAGAACCUCUGCAUCAGCAUCGCAUACGAGGUAAAGACAGUGAUGCGGGACAGCACGCUUUCGUUCUUCUACAAGUUAGUCUUCUGCUUCCUGAAAAUUGUGUGCGUCACUGGCUUCGCCCUGGGGAGAGAGCAUCCUGAGAAGCGUACUCGAGCUCCAUCACUGCCGCCGCCGAUCCCGACGUUCUCGACCUCCAAGCAACGAGUUGCCGAAGAAGCCUCUGAAGAUUCACCCGAAGAUACAGAAAGCCAACAAGCCUCCACCGACGAGGCUGACACUGACUUUCAGGAGCUCAGGAUGGAGAGCGCAGAUGUGGAAUUGAGUGAAUUUCGGCCGACGGUUGCAAUAGUGGCUCCCAUUUUCGUAAGAACGCUUCAGCAACGGAAGGAAGUUCUGGAGCUGAUAUCCAGUCUCGCCAACCAAACCUACAAGGCAACACAGGUGAUUCUAGUCGACGAUUGCUCACCCUUUCCUUGGUACAGAAGCUCUGUAACCGGCCAAAGUGACGAGAACCUUGUGAAGCUUCCCGCGAACACCAGGCUCGUCAAACGUCCGAAGAAUCAUGGCCCUGCGGCAGCGCGAACUCUCGGCCUUGGCCUCGCCAUAUCUGAGUACAAGGCCCAGAUCGUCAAUUUCAUCGACUCAGAUUGUGAAGCAGACAGCCGCUGGGUGGAAGCUAUGGUGGCAGCACACUAUUACGAGUUGAAGAAGAAGACGGAAGCAUCCGACGGUGCCAUUUUGUCCGGGCUCACGUUCGGCUACACCAACACCUUCGUUGACGAGUUCCAUGACCACUUCGGCACCCUCAACGGCAGAAUCAAGAUCAAUGGAGAGGGUCUGCUAUACGCCCCUUCAUGCAACAUCUCGAUCCGGAUUUCCAAGAAGCUAAUCUCUCAAGUUGGUGGCUUCGACGAGAGCUUCCCGAAAGCUGCUUUCGAGGAUGUCGACUACUGCUUGCGUGCGAAUCAGUGCGGCAUAUUAACCCAGUGCGUACCAAACGCUAAGAUCUGGCACAAAUAUCAAACCUCCAUCUUGCAGCUGUUCCGCAUGUUCAAGAGGUAUGGUGCGAGCGAGUGGGCUGUGAUUGAAAGACAUCCAUACUACUUUGAAAUGUAUGGUGCUUCUUACCAAAUCCCCUCUCUGGCUCCGAAGAUUGUCACUUGAGUUCACCGCCAUGAUUCCUUGCUUGACAUUCGUCCAGCGAACAUCAGUUGCAGAUUCUGAGCUUCAUGCGUUUUCCUUGAAACUAGUGGCGGCGGGUUGAAUCGAAGUUGCUUUCGGCAUGUUGAUAAAGGUUGGGAUCGGGCGAAGAACGUACCUCCUAGUGUUGAUAUGCAUACGGAUUAGAGCAGCAUGUAGAGAGCAGCACGCGAUGGACUUUGACGACGGACCCAUGUGUUCAUGUGAACUCUGCUAUGUGAGUUUAUACCUCUCGUAGCCUGCUUCAUCUGUAAAAUUGUCAGCACUUCAGUACAGAAAACUCCACCUAUUUCUAUA